AUGCCCGAGGCAGUACAGAGCCCUGCUCACGUGGUGUACCACAACUCACAAGGCUCCGUGUUAGGUCCCUUACUUUUCUGCAUUUAUAUCCGCCGUAGAUCUACCCCUCAGAAAUUUCAACAUUGCCGUGCUCUCCUGUUUGCGGACGACAUUGCGUUCUACGUCAUUAGUCGCAAGGCUUCAAACGUGCUCAGAAUGCUGCAGACAGAUCUCUUGAAUCUGGAGGACUUCCUCAGCGAACGGGGACUGAUGCUGAAUCCCAAAAAGUCUCAGCUACUGCUGCUCAGACGACCUGCUGCGCACCUGGACGUGAUCCCCAGCAUCACCUGCAAAGGCACCGUAAUCCCCGAUUCCAGCCAUGUUCUGUACCUUGGCCUCCUAUUGGACUCGUCGCUCAGCUUCGAGCAUCAGGUGGAGCGUGUGUGCGCAAAGGCACAGAGCAAGGUUGCCUCAUUCCGCCACGGGCGCCGCGAUGUCUCCAUGACCGGCCGCCGCAUGUUUUACCUGACAAUUGUCCAGAGUACCUUGGACUAUGCCAGCACAUGUUAUGUUCACUGCUUGUCUGCUAAACUCCGAGACAAACUUGGGUCAACCAGCAAUAGGUGCCUAAGAUGGGCCAUUCUUGCCGCUAAGUUCUCCCACACGAAGUCUAAUCCCAAAGCAGUCUCAUCGUACGUCAAUCACGUCAACGCUAUCAAAGUGGACGGCAUAGAGUUUCCUGCAAAGGUGAUGGACAUCGAGUGCAUUGAGAAGAUGAAUCCUGGUUUAUUCAUCAAUGCGUUUGGUUACGAGAGCAAGUCCCUCUACCCUCUACGCGUUUCCGAUCAACCGCAAUCUGCAAUCAACCUGCUGCUGUUCGGUGAUGGUACCACUCAGCACUGGGUGUGGAUUAAGAAUAUGAGUCCACAGCUCACCAAUGGUGCUAAUCAUCGGCACUACAUUUGUUUCCGGUGUCUCCAUUUGUGCCGUUUGCAAGAGACUCUGGAUAGGCACCUGCUUUACUGCAAGGAACAUCCGAUGGCACGAGUGGAGAUUGGCAAGCCAGGUGCAAAAAUCUGCUUCAAGAACUACCAGAAGCGACUUCCUGCACCAUACGUCAUAUACGCUGACUGCGAGGCAUUGAUAGAACCCAUGACGGAACCAGAGAAGAUUGGGAGUUCAACGGAACAACACAAUCGCCAUGUCGCUUGUCCUGCAGCCUACAUCGUCGUGAGGUCAGACGGUGUAGUGAUCAACCGAUUCGAGUAUAGAGGUGAAGAUGCAAUGAUGCACUUCCUGCUUGCUCUCGAAGAAGAGGAGGAGAGGAUAUGCGAUGACCUCAAAGACCCAGCAGUGAUGAUCAUCAAUGCCGUGCAGGAAGCAGAGUUCGAUGCCGCAACAAAGUGUUGGAUCUGUGACAGACCACUCAACGACGAUAGAGUUCGCGAUCACUGUCAUGUAACAGGUGCAUACCGCGGACCAGCACACAGCAGAUGCAACCUUAUGCUGCGUAUCGUGCCAUAUAAAACCAAGAUACUAGUAUUCCUCCACAACUUGAAGGGCUACGACUCGCAUCACAUCAUCUCUCAAUUGGGAAGAAUGUCAUGUGAUGAGAAGACGUAUGAGGAUAAGAAUGGAAAAGAGAGGACGAGGAAGCUCGGUGCUAUAACCAUUAUCCCGACCAACAGCGAGAAAUACAUCACCUUCGGAUGGCGUCAGUAUCAGUUCGUUGACAGCCUAGCAUUCCUGAACGCAUCGUUGGAACGGCUUUUGAACGUCACCCCUGCAGAUAAAUUCAAGAUCCUGAGCGACACCUUUCCAAGCCCGUUAGAAUGUGAUCUGGUUCGACAGAAGGGAAUCUACCCAUACGAGCACAUGAAGACGUUUGAAAGCUUCGAGGAACUCGAGCUACCAUCAAAAGAAGCCUUCCAUUCUUCCCUGACGGGGAAGGAUAUAACGGAUGCAGAGUAUGCGCAUGCUCAACGAGUCUGGUCUACAUUCGGAUGUGAAGACAUGGGCGAUUACCAUGACCUUUACCUGAAGACUGACGUUCUCCUGUUGGCCGAUGUUUUCGAGAACUUUCGUAAAACAGCGUACGACACGUAUGGAUUGGAUCCUGCAAACUAUCUUACACUGCCUGGACUUGCCUGGGACGCACUCCUGAAGCUCCCCAAGGUCUCGCUGGAUGAGAUCAGUGACAUCGACGUCUACAACUUCAUCGAGCAUGGGAAGAGGGGUGGUAUCAGCAUGGCAUCCAACAGAUGGACAGUCGCCAACAAUCACUACCUGCAGGAUUAUGAUGCAAGUCAACCCAGCACGUACAUCACGUACCUGGAUGCCAACAAUCUCUACGGAUGGUCUAUGAUGCAACCACUGACUGUUGGGGGAUUCAACUUCCUAAACCCGAACGACCAGUUGAUUGACGAUAUACUACAACAUCCAGCAGAUGCACCAAGAGGCUAUAUGGUUGAGUGUGACCUCAGGAUUCCAGAGAUGUUACACCACUAUUUCAAUGACUAUCCAUUGGCUCCGGAUCGCUUCACAGUCAGCCGGGAUAUGCUGUCACCACAUCAAAGGGAGCUGGCGGACAAGUUGAAGGUCAUCGGUUUGGAAGCCACAAAGCUCGUUCCCAACCUCCUGCCCAAGAAACACUAUGUCCUACACUAUAGGAAUUUGCAACAGUACGUUUCGCUUGGUGUUGAAGGGACUGAUGUGCAUCGUGUUCUCUCUUUCCGACAAGAACCGUGGAUGCCUUCUUAUAUUGAGAAGAACACUGAUCUCCGAAGGAUGGCAACAUCGGAGUUUGAGAAGGAUUUCUUUAAACUUAUGAAUAACUCGGUCUACGGUAAGACCAUGGAGAACGUAAGGAAUCGCAUCAACCUGUGUGUGAUGAGAGCAACGGAAGAGGAAGAUCGUCUGAAGCGUCGAAUCAACAAGCCAUCAUACAUACGAAGCGUUGUCUUUGAUAACGAUCUCGUAUCGGUUGAAUGUUCAAGAGAGAAGGUCACGCUAUCGAAACCCGUGUACGUGGGUGCAGCCAUUUUGGACAUGUCCAAACUGCUAAUGUACGACUUCUACUAUGGAACGCUCAAGCCGCGCUACAACGAUAAGUUACACCUACUCUAUACUGAUACCGAUAGUCUGGUGCUCUCCGUGGAAACCGAUGAUCUGUACGCUGACAUGAAGCAGGAUAUUGAUGUUUACGACACAACAAACUAUUCCGAGGAUCAUCCACUGUACACUACUGUGAACAAGAAGGUCGUCGGAAAGUUUAAGGACGAGUUGGGUGGUGAGCCGAUAUGUGAGUUUGUGGCACUCCGCAGCAUAAUGUACGCCUAUGAGUGUGCAGGAGGCAGCAGCGGCAAACGAGCCAAGGGUGUACAACGUGAUGUUGUGAAGUCAAGCAUCACGAUCGCUGACUACCGCUCAUGUCUCACGGAAGAGACACAAGUCAUGAGAACCAUGAACGUGUUGCGGAGUCCUAAGCAUCGAGUGCAUGGCGAAAGGAUCCACAAGAUAGCUCUCAGCGGCUUCGACAGCAAGAAGUUCAUCUUGGAAGAUGGUGUUCACACACUGGCUUUUGGGCAUAAAGACAUUGCCGCACAUUCAUGA